CCUUUGCAUCAGGCCCAGGUUGAGCAUAAAGGAGGGUCCUGCGUGCUGGGAGGAGGCCGACUUGGGGACCAUGGAGACCCAGAGGGCCAGCCUCACCCUGGGGCGGCGGUCACUGUGGCUACCGCUGCUGGGACUAGUGGUGCCCUCGGCCAGCGCCCAGGCCCUCAGCUACAAGGAGGCUGUGAUUCGUGCUUUGGAUCAGCUCAACGAGCAGUCCUCAGAAGCUAAUCCCUAUCGCCUCCUGGAGCUGGACCUGCCUCCCAAGACCGAUCAGGACCCAGACACCCUGAAGCCUGUGAGCUUCACAGUGAAGGAGACCGUGUGCCCCAGGACGACCCAGCAGCCCCCGGAGCAGUGUGACUUCAAGGAGAAUGGGCUGGUGAAACAGUGUGUGGGGACAGUCACCCUGGACCAGUCCAAGGACCAAUUUGACAUAAACUGUAAUGAGGCCCAGAGUGUCAGGAUUACAAAGCUACCAUGGGCGCCACCACAGCCUACGCAAAGAUGUCGCAUAAUAGUGUUAAGAGUGUGCAGGUAAUCAGCACAUCAAGGCUUUGCAUCAUGAGACAGAGAAGAGUCCUAAUCGUAUGCUUAUUCUGGCUCAGGCUAC